AUGCCGUUCCCUCUGCGGACCCUAGAGCCGCUGAAGCUGUGCAGGCUGGAGGAGGCCGCCGGGGACGGCGCGGAGCGGGGCGGCCCGGCGCCGGGGGACCACGCUGGGGCAGCGGAGGGGGGCGGUGGUCGUCGCCGCGGCGCGGUGCCGCUCUUCGGGGCCCUGGAGCAGGUCAGCUCGUACGCACUGGUGUCGCUGCUAAUGCAGCUCUCCGACCUCUCCCGCUGCGCCGGCGACAUCUUCGGCGGGAUCCUCACCGAGGCGGACUCCCUCUGCCACCGCAACGCCCGGCUCCAGCGCCGCCUCGGUGCCCUGGAGGCACUCCUCGCCCGCCUCGACCACCGCAAAGUCAAGAUCCCUGUUUCCAACUUAGAUGAAGAAAGCAAAUGGACUGUGCACUACACUGCUCCAUGGCACCAGCAGGAAAAUGUCUUCCUGCCCUCCUCAAGACCACCUUGCGUGGAGGACCUGCACCGACAAGCCAAGCUGAACCUCAAGUCAGUCCUAAGAGAGUGUGACAAGCUGCGACGGGAUGGCUACCGGAGCUCACAGUAUUACUCUCAAGGCCCCACCUUCUCCUCAUCUUCCAAUGCGAUCUGUGGAAGCUAUCAGGACGAUUAUGAAGAAAUUGAACAAAAGUCUAGUCUGUUAGACUGCAUCUCUCAAUCUUGCAUUAGCGCCUGCUGUAACUUGGUUCCCUGGAACAACAAGUGUCCUGUCUCUUCCCCUGAAGAAGAAAAGCUUGUUAGCAUCAAGAGGCCUAAAACUCCAGUUUCAGAUGAGUUAUCAGAUAUCAACACCCAAACCAACUGGACCAAGUCACUUCCACUGCCAACGCCAGAAGAGAAAAUGCGACAGCAAGCGCAGGCAGUCCAAACAGAUCUGGUUCCUAUUAAUGUGACUGGGGAGAAUUUCGACCGCCAAGCCAGCAUUCGGCGGUCUCUAAUUUACACAGACACGGUGGUAAGACGGCCGAAGAAAGUCAAAAGGAGAAAGACUAUUACAGGAAUCCCUGACAACAUACAAAAGGAGCUAGCAGUUGGCACUGGCCAAAGUGAUUUCCGAGGGCAUUCGAUGUAUGUCCCAGAUCACUGCUCCACGCUAGGGAGACUGGACAGCUAUCGCUCUGCCAUCCAGCGCUCCGAGACCAAGGACACCAGCUGCCAGACGGAGGAAGUUAAAGUUGUGCCUCCUUCAAUGAGAAGAAUACGAGCACAGAAAGGACAAGGCAUUGCGGCCCAGAUGUCUCAGUUCUCCAGCUCAUCUGGAAACAUGUCAGUGAUGAGUGAUUCUGCUGCAGUCGUGUUUUCCUCUCGCCAAAACAACGACUUAGGUUUUCACAGCUUGCCACGGGCUGGUGCAAGAGUCUCACUGCAGUCCCUAGAGCAGACACAGAGCAGCUCUAGGCAGACAGAAGACAUCGCUGGCACUUUACCUCACCAGAUAAGUAAGUUGCAAGUGGACGAUAGUGCUGUGCAUCUGAGGAAUAAUCCCACACCAGGGAGCCUGUUGAGGCCAAAGUCUCAAGAGGUAAGAAGCUAUGAUAGUGAAAAGUCUGCAAGCCCAGCAUGUGUUGUCUCUCCUCAUGCCACCUACUCAACGAGCAUCAUACCCAAUGCAACACUCUCAUCCUCCUCAGAAGUUAUUGUUAUUCACACAGCCCAGAGUGUUGGGCCAUUGGAUAGUAAAAUUACUAGCUCCACUGCGUACCCAAAGCCAAGAGACAAUCCUGUUGCCAGCAGUGCAGCGAGUGGGAAAGAAGAUCACCAUUCUUCAAGUGGUAACUGGAGUGAGAGUAGCUCCACACGUCACUCACAGACUUCAGAUACCAUCCCAUCUAAUACUGCCAUGAUGCUUUCUCUUGGUGACUCUGCUGUGUCUCUUAGCACUUCUGGAAAUGCAGAGGCUGGGUCUCAGAGCAUGAGCUACAGCUGUAGGAAUAACCCUGCUUUACCAAACCCUUCUCAAGACAAUGAUGGUAGAAGUGAAUCUAGCUAUUCAGGGGAGCGAGCACAAGCAGCAGUGAGCAGCACAGAGCACUGGCUGUACAAGUCUGCAGAAAACAGUGAGACUCCUUUACUCAAGGCAGUUUGUACCACACCAGACUGUGCCACUCCUGCUAGCAACCUGAGCAGCAGUAGCCUGGAGAAGACUUCGGUCAGGGAUGAUUCUACUUCUCUGCAUUCUGUGGACCAAGAUGGUUAUUAUAGCUCCAUGCAUAUGGACUCUGGACUGAAGUCAGACGUGCCAUGCAAUAGUACUAAUGGGUUUGGGAAUGCCAGAGAUAGUGUGAUAAAUGUCUUUGAAGGAAAGGAGAAGAAAUACCAGGAUGACCAGUCAGGCCAAGGUGAGAAAUCCCUUGCAAGAAACAUCUCUCUGAAAAAGGCAAAAAAGCCUCCUUUGCCACCAUCCAGAACAGACUCUCUCAGAAGGAUGCCCAAGAAAAAAACUCCGUCUAAUGGACAGGUGCUUGAUGAAACUCUCAUUGCCACCCUCCAGCAUUCUCUGCAGUUGAAUCUGAAGUGCAAAAAUGGCAGCUCCCCUUCCCAGAGCCCCUGCAGUGAUUAUGAGGAUCCCUGGGUGUUGCGAUCCCGCAGCCAAAGCUCAGUCAGCGCAAGCAGCAGCAUGAUGUCCACCACUGCUCCAAAUCUCUACUCCAUCUGCACUGUCACUCCCUCUCAGAGUGAAACAAGUAGCAUCAAGUCAGAGUAUGCUGACCAGUGGGGUUACUACAGUGACUAUGCUGCGGUGGGAGAUGACCAGGUGAAAUCACCAGUGACCCAUUCUGCCAGUACAUCAUCUGCUCUCAGCGAUUACAGCAUCAGCCACUUCAGUGAUGGCUCAAGGGCUUCUGUGCCACAAGUGCCCAGUGAACUGGCCAAACCAAAGAGCACUUCCCCAGAGAAAUCCCACCGAGUCACAUCUCCAUCCAGUGGGUACUCCAGCCAGUCCAAUACACCCACUGCACUUACUCCAGUGCCUGUAUUUUUAAAAUCUGCAUCAUCAGGAACUGGCAAAUCUAAGCCGAAGCCUAAAGUGCCUGAAAGGAAAUCUUCCCUUUUGUCUUCAGUCUCCAUGUCUUCAUCCUCCACUUCUCUUUCUUCAAAUACAUCUACUGAAGGGAGUGUGAGUGUGAAGAAAUUGGACCCCACACUGAGUUCUCCUCUAGAUUCUGGUGCACCUCCUCCACCACCUCCUCUUCCAACACCUCCUUCACAUUGUCCUGAGCUUUCUCCUCCCCCUCCACCUCCUCCUGCCACAGAAGUCAUGGAUCUAUCACCACUGCCAUCCUCUCUCACAUUCCCCCCUCCUCCUCCAGAAGCUGAUGAUAAGUCUUCUUUUGCCCAGAGUGUCCCAUGGCUUCCACAAGAAGCUUCUGUCAAUUCAUUGUCCUCCCCUAUUCCUUCUCCUUCUACUUUGCCCUUACCUGUCCCACCUCCGGCACCACCUCUUGAUCCCAAACUGAAAGCUGCAACAAUCCAACCACAGUAUUCUUUUAAGAAACGUAACCUGGAAGAUUCUUGCUGUAAUCCAGUGAAACAGCCACUCAACAAGCAAGACUCAUCUAGACCUGUUAUGCCCUUAGUCACUACCAAAGCGUUGCAAAUGGUGCAGCUAAGGUCUGUGAAAAAAGUGACAGAAGGUGAACCAUCACCUGAAUCCGCUUCUGAAACCACCUUUCAGGAAAAAGGUACUGUAAAUUCAGCAUCACGGUCUUCCCUAAAGCCAUCUCUCUCACUAAGACUCAGUAGCAGCUUAGGUGAAGAAGAAGUGAAAGCUGAGGGCACUUCAUUUAACAACUCAGUUCAGGCAUUGGCUCGGGGUUCUCCUCUCAUUCCCUCUGAUAGCAAACCUGUGCUUGACAGUGAUCAAAAGCCUGCAGGUGCAGUAGGUCUAAGCAAGCCUGUUGAAGCUGAUGCACUGGGGAUAGCUACUGAAGACACACUUGAGUCUUCAAUGCAGAGUGAAGACCUUGGUUCCAGCAUGUCACUUCAGGGAUCACCAGCAUCUCCUGAGAAGACUCAGGUCAUAUUGCCAAGCAAGAAGCCGCCUCCUAUUUCAAAGAAACCCAAACUGUUUCUUGUUGUACCACCUCCGCAGUUAGAUGUUACAGGGGAGAAAAUAGCUGAAGUGAGAGAUACUGUCAGAAGCACAUCAAGUCCAACUAAGAGAGACGCUGUGCUUGCACACGGCGAGGGAGCGAGAAAUUGUCUUACAGAUGGACUCAGCUCUAGCGAGAUGGACUCUGGCAGCCUGGUUCCUGAGGGAGGAGCUGCCGGAUUCACCUUCUCUGAGACAGUGGGAGCUAAUGCCUUUGUGGUACAGCCUGCUGCAUCACCAGUGCAAGAAGAAGCCAGGCAGGAGGAGCAGUCUGCUUUUGAUGAAGAAAGCAGUUCAAGCAGCAGCCAAGACAGUGGCAGUAAUGCUGAUGGGCACCUCUCUCAAGAAAACGAAAGUGUGGAGGUAUUUGAAUCAAAUACAGCAAACAGUUCAUUCCUGCCAAGCAGUAGUUAUGGGGAAGAGAUGGAUGGAAUGGCAACACCAGCAAGACCAAGGACUACUGAGGAUCUUUUUGCAGCUAUUCACAGAUCCAAAAGGAAAGUCCUCGGCCGUAAAGACUCUGAAGAUGACCGUACCCGCAACCAUUCUCCAUCGCCCCCCGUAACUCCCACCGGUGCUUCCCCAACCUUAGGUACCCUCAAACAAGCUGGAUCAAUUCAGAGAAGCGUUCGCAAGAGCAGCACCAGCAAUGACAACUUCAAAGCCCUGCUGCUGAAGAAAGGGAGCCGCUGUGACACCAGUUCCCGCAUGUCUGCGGCAGAGAUGUUGAAGAACACAGACCCACGGUUCCACCGGACAAAGACAGAUGCCUCCUCCCCUGACCUUCCCGACAGCCCUGCCAGCUGCUCACCCAGCAAGAGCAAGCGGGCUCAGGAAGAGUGGGCUAAGAAUGAGGGCCUGAUGCCAAGGAGCAUGUCCUUUUCUGGCACUAGGUACGGCCGGUCACGAACACCUCCCUCUGCUGCCAGCAGCAAAUACAACGUCCGCAACCGCAUCCAGAGCAGCCCUAUGACUGUCAUUAGUGAAGGAGAUGGGGAACUGGUGGAACAGUCAGAGGGCAGGGUCCGAAGGACUUUGGAAGAGCAGCAAGAGAGGCAGCUUGAUAUGUUUGCCAGUGAUGACAUGGACAUAAAUGACUUUCCAUAUGCUGAGGAGGCAGGCUGUAAGGAGACCUUGGAUGCAACCCAUCUGGAUUUAAUGACUCAGCCAGGUGCUUCAAGGGAGUAUCUAAGCCCUUCAGCUGAAGGAAUUUAA